ACCGCCGGCCACGCCGAGACUACCGCUCCCGACGUGCCCCGCGCGCGCAGGCGCGGGGCGCGGCGCUGCUCCCUGGUAAACAGAGCGGCGCGGCGGUGGUGGGGCCCGGGUCUCACAAAGGGGUGGCAGGCCGGGCUGAUGCGCGGCGGUGCAGCGACUCAGACCUGGCGGCGCUGAGGCGGGCGCCUAUGGCGGAGGCGGGCGGCGCCGCGGCGGCGCCGGACAUCGACCCUGACUUCGAGCCGCAAAGCCGGCCGCGCUCCUGCACCUGGCCGCUGCCGCGGCCUGAGCUGCCGGCGGCGCCGGCGGAGGCGGGCGGCGCGGCGGGCGCGGCGGAGGAGGGCGCAGGUGGCGCGGCGGCGGGGCCCGGGCGGGCCGAGGGGGCGCGGGCGGGCGGCGCGGCGGCGCGGAAGGGCGGCUCCCGGCGCAACGCCUGGGGCAACCAGUCCUACGCCGAGCUCAUCAGCCAGGCCAUCGAGAGCGCCCCCGAGAAGCGGCUCACGCUGGCGCAGAUCUACGAGUGGAUGGUUCGCUCCGUCCCCUACUUCAAGGACAAGGGUGACAGCAACAGCUCCGCCGGCUGGAAGAAUUCUAUUAGACAUAACCUGUCCCUGCAUAGCAAGUUCAUUAAAGUCCAUAAUGAAGCCACAGGGAAGAGCUCUUGGUGGAUGCUCAAUCCUGAGGGUGGUAAAAGUGGAAAAGCACCAAGAAGAAGAGCUGCCUCCAUGGACAACAGCAGCAAACUUGCAAAAGUCAGAGGUAAAGCAUCCAAAAAGAAGCCUCCUCUCCAGUCUGCUCCAGAAUCCACUGCUGACAGUCCUGGCUCCCAAUUCCCUAAGUGGCCUGGGAGCCCGUCCUCAAGAAGCAAUGAGGACUCUGACGUGUGGAACACCUUCCGGCCUCGAACCAGUUCUAAUGCAAGCACCAUUAGUGCCAGGCUUUCUCCUAUCCUGACAGAGCAGGAUGACCUCCAUGAUGAAGAGCUGCUUCCUUCUCUAGUGUACUCCAGUGCAUCCAGCAAUGUUCCACCAACUGUGACUGAGGAGCUUGAGCUCAUCGAUGGGUUAAAUUUAAUGUCUCCCAGCUCAUCUGUGUUAUCUACCCAGCAAUCUGCCUCAAGUGGUCAGAUCCAGAGAGAUUCCAGCUUUUCAUUGCAGAGCCCGAAUGCAGCUGGUCAGACCACUACUUUUGGCAAUUCCCUGUUUAACCCUGUUGAUAUCUCACUGCAAAGUUCUGUCAGCCAUUUCUCUGCCCCUCAGACCUUGGAAGCUCUUCUGACACCCAGCUCUCCGCCUCCAAGGGAUGUUAUGAUGACUCAGGUGGAUCCAGUUCUCCCGCAGACUGGUAGCAGGAUGAGCAGCCGAACUCUUCUGCUUCUAGGUGGACAAGCCACCCAGAGUAAGCUGAGCUCAAGCAAUCCACGAGGAAAGCCUACAGAGCAGCAGGCAGAACCAGUCAGUGCCAGUGUUUUGCCAUCAACGCUUCCCAUAGCAACGUCUCCUCAAAACACUGCCAGCAUCACCAGUUUGAAGGCUCCAGUUUCUGCAACAACUGCCCAGUCGGUCCAGCUGGGCAGUCCACUGCUUCUUUCUUCUGCUGGCCCUGCUCCCUUGGGAUUGAACCAGGACAGGCUGCCCAUUGACCUGGACAUUGACAUGUACAUGGAGAACCUUGAAUGUGAUAUGGAUUACAUAAUCAACAGUGAACUCAUGGAUGGAGAAGGACUGGACUUCAAUUUUGAACCCAUUCUAUCUACUCCCAGCUAUCCCAGCACCUCGCAGGCCUCCAACCAUACCUGGGUACCAAGUUAACUUCAGGAGCACAAAAAGUGUCCUUCAGGUUUUGAACAUCGGGUUCUGACUUCACUUCCCACCCCUGGCAGAGAAAAGAAUGGAGCAUGUUGGAUUUGGUUUCCCUGCGCAUCACGCCUUGGGCAGAAGGGGCUGCCCACCUGGGAAGAAGGGCCAACCUGCAUCUGGCUGCAACAGGAAGAGUUUAAAAAUCCUGUUAUGUGCCACGGCUCUUCCUACAAACCUGACUCUGCCUUGGACCAUCUGGAGAAACCCUGGGCUUUACAUGUCCAAAGAGGAGCCCUAGUAAAAAACUUGGCCAGAAGACUCUGUGCCAGGCAAUAGUGUUUUCCCAUGUGAAGAGUUGGGUUUGCUGGAGGAAUCCUUCAAUGGCUGUCCUCUCUCUGCUAUGGCAGAAAGUCUCCCAGUGCCUCGGACUGGAGGAGGGCUGGCUUUGCUCUCACUUGGCUUGCCCUCUGGGGCAAAGUGGUUGGCUGUUUUUGUUAAGCCACCAGAUGUGCACUUGGUAUCCCACAGACUCGCAGAGGAAUUGGAAGGAGCUUGUUGGUUGAAGCCCUAUGGGAAAAGGGUGCGCUAUUUCAGGGGUUGGUUUCAUUGUGCCCAUCUCUGGAGCACUCAUCGUUGUUCUGCAGGGAAGGGUGGUGGUCGUGGUGUAGAAGGCUUCCUCUUGUCUACCUGAGUGGAACAGGAGGGCAUUGAGUUUUUCACUGUGCCAACUGAGCCCCAUUGAAUCAGAAGCAUGUUUUGAGAAGUCCCUAUGCUGUUCUCAGCACUUUCCUGGUAGACCAGGCUGCUGUAAAAUAAGCACAGGUGCUAAUAGCUAUUUCUGGGACAUAAAAACAUCAUUUUGGGUUUUUUCUGAUCUGUCUUGCUACAGCAGAGAAAUGGAAAGCCUGGGUGUGGCCUUAACAGAGCCCUGGUUGCUUUUCAGAAGGGCAUUUUCUAUAGAUGAAAUAUUUUUUUACUAAUCUGGGAACUUUCUACAGUGAAUAUGAAACCAAUGUUAAGUGUGUCCCUAUUAGGCAUAUUAGGCAUCUCUGCCUCUGAGAAGGUAUCAGUGACAGACUUCUUUUUCAGAGCUGUAUUAGCAACAAACACAUUUGAUGUUUGAUAAUGUAUAUGAUUGAGGGGAAAGAAUUGGCAGGUCCCUGUGGUUUCAAACCACCUUGGGGAAGAGUUGUACAUUAUUGUAAUCUAUAUGUAAAAGUAGCUGCAAAUUACCUAGAAGCUUUUCUAAACCUUUUUAAAUAUAUAUUAUAUAUUUUAAUUGAAAAUGAGAUUAUUGGAUUAAAAAAAAAAAACAACCCACACUUGCUGCAUCUGUCCCCUUGAUACCAGAUAACACUACAGUAUGGGAGGGGACAGGCCCAAGGCAUUUUGGGCCAAGAAGAUGAAAAUGUAAUUGGAAGAGUGGGAAGGGCACCACAGUAUAACUGGGGAAUGGCUGCUCUCCCCAGCACAGGCAGAAGGUGGCUGUGUGGCAUGGCAUUCAGCCACAGCUACUCGGUCUCUUUCCUCGAUUGGGCACUCCUGCCAAGCCACGAGCAUGAUGUUAGGGAAUGCUAAUCAUUAACAGCGGACUCAUUCUCAGCUAAUCCCUUAAGUAGCUGGACUGCAGCUGAUACAGAUUCCCUAGUCUGCUAAGAAGAAUGUAUGGACUGGAUCGUGCUAGAUCUGCUGACACUCUGGGUAGCCCUUAUGGAGGGCACAAUCAGUUGUAUUUGGUAGCUCAUUUUUUGGUUUCCAAAGGUUUUUGUUUUCUUGCUGAAGUUUCUGCUACUGCUGGGGAACUUGAAGCCUGCAGGAUCCUGCCCUGUCUCUGUUCUUGCAGGACAGAAGCUAGGAGUCGAGGCUAGUUCAGAGCAUUAGCUGGCACGUUCCUAUCACCUUUUUGGUGUUUGCAGGGGCAGGUUCUGUGGGACACAUGGUGCUUUCAUGGUGUUCUGGUAGACUUGGUCUGGCAAGAAACCCCUCCAAUCCUUUCUGAAGGUGGUGGUGGCUUCUGUUCAGAAGGUUUGUAUCAUGUAGUGCAGUGAGCCGUAGUGUUUUACCACCUUGUCUGCUCUGUUUUUAUGGGGUUAAUUUCGUUUUCAUUUGAGUGGAGAUUGGAACAGGAGUGGUUUGUCUGGUUACCUGCAACAAGGGGUCUUCAACAGUCUUAUUUUUUAGCAUGUUGUGCCAUCAGAGCCUUUGAAUAGCUUGAUAACCUUUUCUUUGAAGACUGUCUUCAUGGCAGAUCUCAUGGUGAUAUGUUUCAAAUUUAUCCACAAUCUGCCUAUCUGGCCAGACCUCAUUGUAACAAACAAACUUUUUUUUUUAGGACAGAUCCUAAGCUGGGAUCCCAGGUCUUGCAGACUUGAGUCAUGCAUGCACAUUCUCACUGCAGUUUGUUCAUUACACAAAUGGGCAGAUGCCCUUUCCACAAACACCUGAUGGCAUGUGCCGUGCAUACAGGUCAGAACGGCUGAUUCUUAUCUAAUAGUUCUGGUAGGAUUUGUGUUAUUUGGCACAUAUGUCACUUUGUCAGCUUGGGCCCUGAGGGGAAAUGAAUCCCAUGAUCUCCAGAGCAAGUUGACUGGCUGCCUGUGCUUCACAGCCAUGUAUCAAAGGACAAGACGCCGGUACGUCUGGUCAUGUUAUAUGUGAAUCUCUAGCUCAUUUUUCAUGAAAAUGGAGCCCAAAGCAAUAGGAGAGACAAUAUUAGUAACCAGUGCUUCAGACCUACAAAUCCAGCUUGAGCUGUUUCUGGCUGGGUUGAUCUGUGGAGAAGAGGUGCUGUCUUCAGGCUGUCCCCUAGGUGUGACAGCACUGGGGACCUGGCCUGUUCUCUGGCUGCAGAGAGCCUGGCCCUGAGCGGUUGGGUAGUGCCCCAGGGAGAUCUGACAUACUCUCAGCUAGUACAUCUUCACCCUGAAGGAGCUGCAGCCCAGGUAAACCAAGGCUCAUCAUAGCUGGUGCCCUACAGUAAGAGUUCAUAGGAGAUCCUAUACUUUUAUUAAGGAGUAGAGCACCUAUCUUUUUUUUUUUUUUCCCCCAUAUUCCCAGGCCAGACUCCUGGGGAAUGGCCUGUCCUGGGGACAGCACUGGAGACAGGAGCACCUCCAACUGGAGUCCUGCUGUACCAGUGUGCUGACAAUGACGUCUCUGUCUUGUGGCAGUCUGUUCAGGUGGUGCCCUUGAUCUCAACAUAGGAGCUGUCAGUGGUUAAAGAAGAAGCCUGAGAGCAUGCUAGUGCUGAGGAUGGUGUCUGGAAGACUAAUGGUGUUCCAGGAGUGCUCAAUAAACCAUAAAUGUAAUGUUGCAGGCUCAGGCAGGCAACUUAGCUUCUCAUUUGUAUGUGUAGCAGGAUAGCUUGGAUCAUGGGCGUGGAGGGCAGGGAUACAGAGAAUUCAGGAGUUCUCCAGCCCCUUCUCAAAUAACUUCUUUUCAUAAACCUUUAGGUUUUUUUAGCCUGGGAUAUUUCCUCAUAGGACAUGGGAGACUAAAGUUCCUAAACUGCUUGUUGAAAGGCUGUACCUGGCAGGGAGUUCCUCAAUACUUGUCCAGUUUUUUGUAUUCUUGCCCGAAGUGUUUGCUACUGACUGCUGCUGGAUUCAGGAUAGUGUCUUGGUGGAUGUUUGUUCCGUGUUACCAGUGCAGGCCCCAUAGGCUAGUUUUUGCUCUAAUGAAGGAUUGGGCUGGGACUUUGAGAGCAGCUGUGAGCUGAGUGGGGAGGGAAGGGGCCAGUGACAUGGGGAGUGAUGCUCCUGGAUAAGUGCCUGAGGGGAGUGGGCAGGGGAUUCUUGGCAUGAAGCCUUACAUUGUGCUGUAUGCAUUCUCCUUGUCCUCACUGAGCUCGGGUAACAAGUUUCUUUAUCACCAGAGGAUCAAAUGCCAUUUUUCACAGCGUGAAGCCACCAUGCAGCUCUGGGCUGUGAAGGAUUCAGGUAACUAGGCCCAUGGAGCCUAGGAGGGAGGCAGACUUGUUGCUUUUAUUUACACCUGGGUUUAGCAAAUUGCUUGAGCCUUCUUUAUAACUUAAGCAUAUUUUACUAUAUUCCCAGCUUCCUGUGAGAGCUUGGAAUAUUGAAAGCUUCUUGGAGCCCUUAAUUUUCCUUGUUGGUGUGUCUAAAAACGUGUCAUCCCCUACCCUGUGCUGCUUUAAAAACAUCAGUUGAGUCAUCCUGGUAAGUGAGAGGAAUGAAAGCAGUGGGAGCGUUCCAGAGCCCGGGUGCAUUCAUAAACGAGGCUAAUACUAGAAGCAAGUAGCACUAAUCAGCUUUUCCAAAGGAAAUGCCUAGAAAGCUUUUAUGUAGAUCAUCAUUUGUUAAUUUUCUUACUUAGUUGCUUAUUUAUAGCCACAUUCAAAUGCUUCAGGGCUAGCCUUGCUCCAAGAAUGAGAAACCUGUGUCUGGUGCCAUGGGUAGGAGUGCCUUGGGGAUGGAGUCCUGGACUGUCACCAAAACAAUGUGCAAGUUUGGACCCACUAUCAAAAAACCCACAAUAAAUCACUAAACUUUGGGACAGGAGCACGAACAGGGAUAGCUUAGGGUUUGCUUCAGUUACAUGUCUAAUGAAAAACAUGUUCUAAUUAAUGUGGGGAAAGGCAAGCAAGAGGUGACUUCUGAAGUCUGAAAGAUUUGGCCGUGUGAAAACGGUAGCAUGUAGUAAUCCAUCACCACAGUUGCUCACCCUUCAAGAAAGGGAUCCUCUCACUUCAGUAGCCUUUAUGUCUCUCCCUGCAUGCCGAUAUGUCUGUAGUCGAUGGAAAACAGUCUCUGACGGAAUCCAAAUCACAUCCAAUAUUGUGGUGUAUAGCAGGGAGAAGAGACAGCAGAAGCUGAAGGUGAAAGAGCUGAUGGUGUUGCAUUUAUGGUUCUCUGGCUAAGGCAACCUUAUAGUGUGUGGUAGAAGGGGAUGUUCACAGCUGAUACUGUGGUGCUACUCUGUGGUGCUCCCCAAGGUGACUUGAAGAGGUUUGGCUACAUAGAAGAUAGGUCACUUCUCCUGAAAGGAGCCUUCUUCAUAAGGCAAUGGGGGUGGUUCUGUGAAAUGAUGCUUCCAGCACAGUGGAGUCUUCACCUGGUGCAAUCCCAGGAAGGGUUUCUGCAUUGCUAGCACAGACGUCUGCUGCACGCAGGGCGGGCACCACUAGCUGACAUAGUUUCCACCCCAUGGCCUCUGCACUCUUUCAACCAUUUCUCACAAUAAAUUUUUUUACAUAAUAAAUCUCUGCUUUUGUUUGCUCUCUGUAGCAGUGUAACUUCUGAACCAUUACAGGCUCUUUGUUACCAUCUGUGCUAGCAAGACUGUAGAAUGUGCUAGACUAGGGGGGAAUGUUUGACAAAUAAAAACCUGUAAUCCUCUGC